ACCCAAGAAGAAGCGCGAACCUCACUCUCAAGUCUCUCUACUCUCUAGUCUCUCUGACUCUAUCGCAAAUCAAAAAACACAUAAAGACCAGUAGACCACAGCAGAACUAGAUCCGUACACUUCGUUUUCUUGAUUUAUCAAAGAAAACCUACUGAAUUCUUCUUGAAUUCACUCGCCAUGUCUUCUCUGCAACUCUCCAGUUGCAUGUUUUCCAAUGAAUCGUCAUUUCCCUGCAAUUUCUAUGACACGGGGAAGAUUGCUCAACCUGCAUUGGAUUCUUCUUUUUGGGGUAGAAAUUUGUGUUUGGCUAAGCAAGGUUUUGGAAUUACUAUGAGAGAGAAUCUCCAUCUCGGUAGAAGAAUCACAAAGGUUUAUGCAACGGUGGAUCUCCCCCCGUUUAACUUGAAUCUUAAUGAGUAUAUGGUCACACUUGAGAAGCCACUGGGAAUACGCUUCGCGCUUUCCGUCGACGGGAGGAUCUUCGUUCAUGCUCUCAAGAAAGGGGGCAAUGCCGAGAAAUCAAGAAUAAUUAUGGUAGGUGACACCUUGAAACGGGCAAGUAAUGCGCCAGAUGGCAAGCUCCCUAAGAUCAAAGACUUCGGGGAUACACUGAAGCUGCUGGAUGAGAAAGGAGGAUCUUUUAGCCUGGUCCUUGAGAGGCCCUUCUCUCCUUUUCCAAUUCAACAGCUGCUUCUUAUGAGUGACACCGAUGUUUUGUUCAAUAGAGGUCGUCUUCCUAUGGCUACUUGGAAUAGAACUAUUUUGGCUUCCCAUUUGCAGCCAUCAUCUGAGCACAGUGGCAAUUCUGGGUUUAUUACAUUUUCCUCAAAGUUUCUAAGCUCACAAGGAUGGAAGCUUUUAAACGAUCAAAAGCAAUAUCUCGACUUGCAAAAGCAGAAUAGCUUUCUUACUGCACCAAUUAACCAACUUGUUUGCAUUUUCUCUGAGGAAGAGUCUGGUGAUGUUGAAUGGGCUCACGGGAGUUUCCCUUUGGCAGAAUAUAUUAAAGCACUUGAUCGAUCUAAAGGAGAGCUUUAUUAUAAUCACUUGCUUGGUAUGCAAUAUGGCAAGAUUACUGAGCAAAUAUACAUGGGAUCAUGCAUACAAACAAAAGCAGAUGUGGAGACUUUGUCUAGCGUUGCGGGAGUCACUGCUGUACUGAAUUUCCAGAGUGAAAUUGAGGCCACAAAUUGGGGAAUCAAUUCUGAAUCAAUCAAUCACGCCUGCCGCCAAUUUAAUAUCCUUAUGAUCAAUUAUCCUAUAAGGGAGGUGGAUUCCUUUGACUUGAGGAAGAAACUUCCAUUUUCUGUGGGGCUCCUAUUACGGCUGUUGAAAAAGAACCUUCGUGUUUUUGUGACUUGUACGUCUGGGUUUGAUAGAUCCCCAGCUUGUGUGAUUGCAUACUUGCACUGGAUGACAGACACUUCGCUUCAUGCCGCUUACAAUUUUGUCACUGGGCUGCACUCCUGCAGGCCUGACAGACCAGCAAUUGCCUGGGCAACAUGGGAUCUUAUUGCCAUGGUAGAAAAUGGAAGGCAUGAUGGACCUGCAACCCAUGCUGUGACCUUUGUUUGGAAUGGCCAAGAGGGGGAGGAUGUGCGUUUGGUUGGAGAUUUUACUGGAAAUUGGAAAGAAUCAAUUGAAGUAGUCCACAAGGGUGGAUCUAAAUAUGAAGCUGAAGUUAGACUUCCACAUGGGAAGUACUACUAUAAGUUCAUUAUCAAUGGGAAUUGGAGGAACUCAUCGGAUUCACCAACAGAAAGUGAUGAACGCGGAAACCUAAACAAUGUAAUUAUAGUGGGGGAUAUUGCCAGUGUGAGGCCUAAGGUUCUGCAACAGAAGAAGGACGCCAUGGUUGUAAAGGUGAUCGAGAGACCACUGACAGAAACCGAACGUUUUAUGUUGGCAAAAGCAGCUCGAUGUAUGGCAUUCUCUAUCUGUCCGAUCACGCUAGCUCCCAAAUGAGUUCACUAUAUGUCCAUCCACUGAAUGAAUGAAUGUUGUAUAUGGUAGUGU